AUGUCUGAUAGCAAGGUUGACAAGGGCAUCGCCCCCGUCGCGGUGCCAGUCGACGCAAACGUCGCUCAUGAAGCCGCUGCUGCUACUGAGGCCGAGCACAACAUGGGCCUGCUACAGUCGUUCAAGCUCUACAAGAAAGCUUGUCUGUGGUCCAUCUUCCUCUCCCUCUGCAUCAUCAUGGAGGGUUUCGAUGUUGUCCUCCUCAACAACCUCUUCGCCUAUCCUCCCUUCCAGAAGAAGUUUGGUGUCGAGCAGCCUGAUGGCAGCUAUCAAUUGACAGCUGCCUGGCAAUCCGGUCUCUCCAACGGAACUCUCUGCGGUCAAAUCAUCGGUCUUUUCCUCAACGGUAUCAUCGCUGAUCGCUUCGGCUAUCGCAAGACGCUCAUCGGUGCUCUCAUUGGCUGCAUUGGCUUCAUCUUCAUCAUCUUCUUCUCCGAGACUCUGGUCCAGCUUCUCAUUGGAGAGAUCUUCAUCGGUAUUCCCUGGGGUGUCUUCCAGACCCUCACCACCACCUACGCCUCUGAGGUCUGCCCGACCCACCUCCGCGCUUAUCUCACCACCUACGUCAACCUCUGCUGGGUUCUCGGCCAAUUCAUCGCCUCUGGUGUUCUCCGCGCCAUGGUCACUCGCGACGACGAGCUCGGAUACAAGAUCCCCUUUGCUCUGCAGUGGAUGUGGCCUGUUCCUCUCAUCAUUGGAAUCUACCUUGCUCCUGAGUCUCCCUGGUGGCUUGUCCGUCGCGGCCGCAUCGAAGAGGCCAAGAGGUCCCUCGAGCGUCUCACCGUCCGCAACAGCAACGUCGACUUCCGUCCCGAUGAGACCAUUUCUAUGAUGGUUCACACCAACGAGAUGGAAAAGGAAGCCCAGGCUGGUACUUCAUACUUUGAUCUCUUCAAGGGUGUCAGUCUUCGCCGAACUGAGAUUGUCUGUGUUACCUGGAUGAUUCAGACUCUCUGCGGUGCUACCUUUAUGGGUUACUCCACCUACUUCUAUCAGCAGGCCGGUAUGGCUGUUGAGAACAGUUUCUCCAUGUCUCUCGGUCAGUACGCUAUUGGUGCUGUCGGCACUGUAUUUUCCUGGUUCCUCAUGGGCUGGUUCGGUCGUCGAACCCUCUACCUCUAUGGACAGCUUGCCAUGUGUGUCUUCCUCCUGACCAUCGGCUGUGUCGCCUUUGCUGGCCGUGACAACGUCGCUGCUCAAUGGACCAUCGGAUCUCUUCUUCUCAUCUACACCUUUACCUACGAUUCGACCGUCGGACCCGUCUGCUACUCUCUCGUCGCCGAGCUGUCCUCCACCCGUCUCCGAACCAAGACUGUCGUCCUCGCCCGAAACACAUACAACAUUGUGGGAAUCAUGACCAACAUCAUCACUCCUCGCAUGUUGAACCCUUCUGCUUGGAACUGGGGUGCCAAGGCUGGUUUCUUCUGGGCUGGAACCUGCUUCCUCUGUGCUGUCUGGACUUAUUUCCGUCUUCCUGAGCCCAAGGGCCGAACAUAUGGUGAGCUGGAUGUUCUCUUUGAGCGUGGAGUUCCUGCUCGCCAGUUCAAGACUACAGAGAUUGAGCGUCUGGAUGCCGAGUUUCAGACCAAGGAAAAGGCUAGUGCUGUGUAUGUUGAGAAGGUGAACAGCAGUGCUUCUUAA